GCCUGGCGCCGGAAGUGCGCGCGGUCCAUGUACCAAUGGCUGCUCGCCGUCCUCCGCGCCCUCCGCGACGCCGCCCGCCAGGCCCCGGCCCCGGCCCCGGCACUCGCCCCGGACCCCUCGCUCCGCAAGAAGCUGCCCCCCAGCGUUCUGUCAUGUGUGGAAGAUCCUGAGAUUCCUGCAAAGAAGCAGAAAGCAGAAUGUGUCUCUGGGGCUAACGAGGAGCCCAAAGAGGUUUCUGUGGCUGCCAAGUUGCCACCUGAGGCAACGAGAAAAAGCCAGGAGACAAAAGAGAGCGAUGACUUCUCCUUCUCCGAGUCUGAAGAUGAGGUUGUGCACAUUUCUUCUGACUCUUUGUUUGUAGCAUCUUCAGAGGAUGAGGCUGUAACAGAACCUGACGAAAUGCCUUGUGACACCACGCUGUGCUUGACUGAGGAAACACCAUCCUCUCUUUGCAAGAGAGUUCCAUACCUGAGCCCAAGCAGGGAUAACCACAUCCAAGCUGCUCCAGAGAGUCCUGUCACUCCCAGGCCCCCCAUUAAGGAGCCAGGUCCCAACUCCCCCAGAGGCAGCGGCACCAGGAGGCCCUUGUGUGCUGCUGAAGAGGAUGUUCAGCAAGCAGAAAACAAGAAAUACAAAGAGCUCUUGAGUCUGUUCAAGGAAAAAUAUUCUGGAAAACUUACUUCUCCACGGCUAGCAAGACUCAACAAAGUUCAAGCCAAGGAACCAGGGAUGACUGGGAGUCCCCUGAAAGAACGAAAAUCCAGCCGUGCCUCUCCACCUGUGCCAGGAAAGACCAGUGUCAAACAUGGGGAUGUUUUCAGCCCCCAGCUGCCUCAGAGAGGUGUCAUGAUCAGCUACUACACACCACCAGAAGACUCUCGUGGACAGGGGAAACGAGAGAAACGAGCUGCUUCAGUGGGCCAGCGUGAAGCUGAAGUCCCCCAAGGAAAGUUAUUCCAGUUCCAUGUGACACCUGUCCUGUCCAAAGACCUCUUUUUUGUGGACAGCGAGCCUCUGCCAUGCCCAGAAAGGCCAGCAGACGACCUGGCUCCACUGACAGAGGCCAUGGAGAGCGAGAUCUCUGCUGCCUUUGACGGUGGUGAGCCCGAGGAUGUCCUGAGCAGGGCCUUCAAGCUCGCAGUCACCCGUGAGGACAUCUGCACCCUGCAGCCCCUGGGCUGGCUCAACGACAGCAUCGUGAAUUUCUACAUGAGUCUUCUGGUGGAAAGAAGCAAGAAGGAAGGAUAUCCAGCAGUCUACGCUUUUAAUACCUUCUUUUAUUCCAAGCUAAGCUCUACAAGCCACAAGGGAGUAAAGAAAUGGACCAAAGGUGUGGAUAUCUUCAAGCACGAUGUCCUCUUGGUGCCUAUUCACCUCAGAAUUCACUGGACACUGCUGGUCGUAGAUCUCCGAGAGAAAGCCAUCAAAUACUUCGACUCCUUGGGACAGAAAGGAGACCACAUUUGUAAAACUGUCUUAAAAUACCUGGAAGAGGAAAGCAAGGAAAAAAGAAACAUUGAAUUGACUGCUUCCGAGUGGACCCUUCGCAGUCUGGGCGCAGAGGAAAUCCCUCAACAAAGUAAUGGAAGUGACUGUGGCGUUUUUGUUUGCAAAUUCGCCGAUUUCAUCACCAGAGACAAACCCAUCAUCUUCACCCCGGAGCACAUGCCUUAUUUCCGCAGGAAGAUGGUGUGGGAAAUAAUCCAUCAGCAGCUGCUGGGAGACAUGCACUGUUAGAAAAACACUGUUCUUUAAAAGAGUAGUAUAUUUAUUUCUUAUUGGUUAGGUUAAGAUAAGAUAAAUAUUAACUUAUGUAAGAGCCUUAUUGUAUGGGAACGUUACUUGUUAAUAGAGUAAUUUAUUUUUUAAUUGAAAACCGA